CAGGACUUCACAUUUGGUACUGCUCUGCCGGUAAAAGAGGAAGAGACUGGAUUUCAUUACACCCUGCAUUUAAUCCGUUUGCACUUCCUGUUUUUCACUUGCAACUGUCUAUGUCAUAAGUGGAAAACUAAGAAAAAACACUUCUCCUACACCAGGUUGGGCCUCGGUACCAGUUGGAGUGUGAAGGUCAACCACUGGGCUACCAAACACUGACACAUUCAGCAUUAAUCAGUUAAUUAAUUAUUUUAAAUUCAUUUUCAAAACACAAACUAAUUUGUUUUUUUGUCAUUGUAACUGCAUAUGCUUUCCCUUUUAAACCCCAAUUUUUUUUUUUUUUCAGUAAUAUUUUCAGUCAGCGUUAAAUCACAUCAUUACAGAGAGAUGGUUUUAAACCAGUAUCGCCUCAUUCACUCGGGUCCAGUCUCCUUAUAUCUGAUUGGCUAGUUGAGUGUGGAGUAUUAGCCAAUCGUAGUGCAGGAGGCGGGGCUUGUUGGAGCAUGGCUGAAAAAAGCUGAGCAGAGGAGCAGAGUGGGAGGAGAGAGAGAGAGAGAGAGAGAGAGAGAAAUCGUUGACUUCCUGUUUUCUGAAAGCAUCCGAAUAUAUAUAACAUACAGGAAGAUGUGCGGCGGAUACACACCCGACCCGAAUCACUAAACCCUCACUGAGCCCUGCUGCACAUGCGGAUAGCUUCCAGCGCUUCCAGCAGCGUCUCGCAUCCCUGCAUCCAUCCCCUGGACCCCGGGUCCUGCUCCGCUCUCUGGCCGGAGGUAGCGACUCAUCAACCGGCCAGGGCCGCCAUCGAGCCCCGGGCCCCGACCAUACGACCUGCAUCCGCUCUGGAGGUUUUGCGCCUACACCGAGCAGGGGUUUAUCACCAGUGUUGAUCUGCAGCAGUUCGGAUGAAGCUCUUCAGGUGACUGCGAUAUGGCAGUGCUGAAACUCGCCGAUCAGCCGGCUCUGGUCCAAGCCAUCUUCAAUGGAGACCCUGAGGAGAUCCGCAUGCUCAUCUACAAAUCAGAGGACAUCAAUGGACUGGACACAGAGAAGCGUACUCCGCUCCACGCAGCGGCGUUCCUCGGUGAUGCGGAGAUCAUCGAGCUGCUCAUCCUCUCUGGAGCUCGGGUCAACGCCAAAGACAACAUGUGGCUCACUCCUCUUCACAGGGCCGUGGCGUCGCGGAGCGAGGAGGCAGUGCUCAUACUGAUCCGUCACUCGGCCGACGUGAACGCACGCGACAAGAACUGGCAGACGCCUCUUCACGUGGCCGCCGCCAAUAAGGCUCUGCGUUGUGCCGAGCUCAUCAUCCCGAUGUUGAGCAGCGUAAACGUGUCGGACCGCGGCGGUCGGACCGCCCUGCACCACGCCGCCCUCAACGGACACACCCAGAUGGUCAAUCUGCUGCUGGCGAAGGGCGCCAAUAUUAACGCCUUCGACAAGAAGGACAGCCGUGCUCUUCACUGGGCGGCAUACACGGGUCACUUAGAUGUGGUGUGUCUGCUGGUGGAGCAGGGGGCGGAGGUCAGCUGUAAGGACAAGAGAGGAUACACACCUCUUCAUGCUGCCGCCUCUAAGGGACGGAUUGCUGUGGUUAAACACCUGCUCAGCCUGUCUGUGGAGAUAGACGAAGCCAAUGCGUUCGGGAACACGGCUCUGCACGUGGCGUGCGUUAACGGUCAGGAUGCUGUGGUGAGUGAGCUGAUCGACCACGGUGCUAACGUGAGUCAGCCCAACAACAAAGGCUUCACCCCUCUCCACUUCGCCGCCGCGUCCACGCACGGUGCCCUCUGCCUCGAGUUCCUGGUCAACAACGGCGCGGACGUCAACGUGCAGAGCCGAGAUGGGAAGAGUCCCCUGCAUAUGACCGCGGUGCAUGGGCGCUUUACUCGCUCGCAGACUCUCAUUCAGAACGGCGGAGAGAUCGACUGCGUGGAUAAGGAUGGAAACACUCCGUUACACAUUGCCGCUCGUUAUGGUCACGAACUCCUCAUCAACACCUUAAUCACCAGUGGGGCUGACUGCACCAGAAGAGGAAUCCAUGGGAUGUUUCCCCUGCACCUGGCAGCCCUAAACGCUCAUGCCGACUGCUGCCGGAAACUUCUCUCCUCAGGCUUCCAGAUCGACACCCCGGACAGCCUGGGCAGGACAUGUCUCCACGCAGCUGCUGCUGGAGGCAAUGUUGAGUGUGUGAAGCUGUUGCUCAGCAGCGGAGCGGACCACAACCGCACGGACAAACAUGGCAGGACUCCCCUCCACUAUGCAGCUGCAAGUCGUCAUUUUCAGUGCUUAGAGACUCUGGUGUCCUGCGGUACCUGUAUUGAUGCCACUGACCAGUGGGGGCGCUCUGCCCUGCACUACGCUGCUGCCUCUGACCUGGACAGGAGGCGACGUGUUGCCCUGGAGCCAGAGAGUCCUGGAGUGCAAGCAGAGAAAGAGAAAGAGGCGGCUCUGUGCCUUGAGUUCUUGUUGAAGAGUGGUGCCACUGCCUCACUGAAGGACAAACAGGGUUACACCGCCGUCCACUACGCUGCGGCCUACGGCCACAGACGCUGCCUGGAGCUGCUUCUGGAUCGAGAGGAGCGGAAUGAGGACGAAGGCAAGGACUGCCUCAGCACCCGGAGUCCACUACAUCUAGCCGCGUACCAUGGCCAUGCGCAGUCUCUGGAGGUGCUGCUACAGGGCCACUGCGAUGUGGAUCAGGGCGACGAGGUGGGCCGCACCGCUCUCGCCUUCGCCGCCCUCAGGGGUCACACUGACUGUGCUCUGACGCUGCUGAACCACGGCGCUUCAGCACGCUGUAAAGACACGGUCCGCAGACGCACUCCCGUCCACCUUGCAGUGAUGAAUGGCCAUACACCGUGUGUGCGCCUCCUGCUGGAAGACUCGGACAGCGCAGAUCUGGUGGACGCAGCUGAUUCUCAGGGACAGACCCCUCUGAUGCUGGCAGUUCUGGGGGGUCAUGUGGAUGCUGUGUCUCUGCUGUUAGAGCGAGAGGCCAGUAUAGACACAGCGGAUAAUCAGGGACUGACUGCACUUCACUUAGGGUUGCUGUGUGGUCAGGAAGAGUCUGUGCAGUGUCUUUUGGAGCAGGAGGCGUCGGUGUUGGUGGGUGACCGCAGGGGGCGCUCGGCGCUCCACAUGGCUGCAGCGCGGGGUCACGCGUCCUGUCUUAGUGAACUGCUGACUGUGGCCUGUGCAGAGUCGCCCAUCCCUCCUCUGAGAGAUCGCCAUGGAUACACACCCCUACACUGGGCCUGCUACUACGGUCAUGAGGGCUGUGUGGAGGUGCUGUUGGAGCAGAAAGGCUGUCGAAGUUUUGACGGGAACCCCUUCACCCCUCUGCAUUGUGCUGUGAUAAAUGACCAGGAGUCCUGUGCAACUCUUCUCCUGGAUGCAUUAGGCUCAGAGAUAGUUCACUGCAAGGACUCCAAGGACAGGACUCCUCUUCAUGCCGCUGCUUUUGCGGGCCACGUGGACUGCAUUCAUCUGCUCCUUGCCCACGAUGCUCCCGUGGAUGACGUGGACCAAUCAGGGCGCAGCGCGCUCAUGAUGGCGGCAGAGAGGGGGGCGAUCGGAGCUGUAGAGGCUCUCCUCACCGGCGCGAACGCGGACCUCGCUUUGACGGACCAAAAAGGCGACACCGCGCUGCACCUCGCUUGCAGAAGUGGAAAAGAAGAGUGCGCUCUGUUCAUUUUGGAGAAACUUCCGGACGCUGCCCUCGUCAACGCCACGAACGCCGCGCUGCAGACUCCCCUCCACCUCGCAGCUCGCAGCGGGCUGAAGCAGACCGUGCAGGAGCUGCUGUCGCGCGGUGCCAGCGUGCAGCAUUCGGACGAGAACGCUCCGACGCUCCCUCUCCAGGCACCCUGUUGAGAUCUCUUCCUUGCCAAGCCAAGGGCCGUCAGGCUCCACGCAGCCCCAGAGAUCCUUCCGACCCGUCCAGCGAGGGCGCGACCACCGAGAACGACUCCGACUCGGAGACCUUUUGACCUCUGCCCGUUUCUGGAGUCCCAACACCACCUUUCCACCUCUAGAGUUCUCACCGCACUUAAACCCGCGGACCUUCCGGAAGCCGUACGAACAUCCCACGCGCGGAGGAACUAGAAACGCCGAAGGCUGGUCUAUGCUUCGUGUAGCCACAUGAGUACGAAGAUCACGAAACCUCGCGGAAAACAUCCUCUAAGAUACGAGCAGCUCUUAUCGAUGUACGGUAAAGUCGAACGCCAUCGCGGCGUUCAUCUCGAAGAGCUCGUUGGCGUGAAAAGCA